CAACAUUAUGCCGCCGCCAAGCUCGGUCUUCUCGUCCCACGAGCGCAACGCCCUGAAAGACCGAUGGGGAUCGCAAGCAACACGUCUGACACGCGACUCGUUCCUCCCGUUUGGGUCAUGUCAACUAUGUCUUCUGCCAGCCGUGGAUCCAGUGUGCUGCUUAGCAGGCGAUCUGUUCUGCAGGGAAUGCGCUAUGACCAAUCUGCUGGCCCAACGGAAAGAGAUCAAGCGUCUCGAGAAGCUUCAUGAGCAACGGAAGCUGGAAGAGGUGGAUGCACAGGAGCGAGAAGACGAGUUCGCGCGGCUGCGCGCUGUACAGCAGUUUGAAGCUGUGCAGAUGGGCCUUGAAGCCAAUGUUGGCCCUGGAUCGAUGGUCGUUGGUCGAGAAGGCGAAAAGAUCAUGGUCGAGCAAGAGGAGGCUGUCGGCAUUAAGGGCACUAAACGCAAAUUUGAGAUCGACGAGGAGGAGCUAAAGCGCAUUGCAUCUGAGGAGCGGAGUAAAGCUAAGAAAGCGCUUGAAGAUGAACGAAAGGCCGCAAAAAAAGAGCUACCAAGUUUCUGGGUACCGGGCGAGACACCAGAGGCUCACCACAAAGGCGUCGGUAAGGCCAAGCACACUCCCACAUGUCCAUCGAGCGCUCCAGAACACCCACACAACCUGUCACUGAAGACAUUAACGAGCGUCAACUUUCAUGAGGAGAAGUCGGCAGAGAGUGGCAAGACCGCUCACACAUGUCCCAGCUGUCAAAAGGCACUGUCGAACAGCACGAAAGCCAUGCUUGCAAUACCGUGCGGACACGUCUUAUGUAAGCCUUGCGUCGAGAAGUUCUUGAAGCCGGAGCACCGACAUCACAAAGACGCACAUGAUGAAGGGCCCGAUCCAGAGACUACACACUGCUAUGUCUGCGACACAGAUCUUACCACGGCACCGGAACCGAGAGAGAAGAGUGGAAAAAAGAGGAAGGAAAAGGAGAAGGGCGUAAAACCGGGGUUAGUGGAAAUCAGGAGUGAGGGCACAGGGUACGCGAGUGGAGGAAAGAGCUUGAUCAAGAGAGAGGGAGUUGCAUUUCAGGUGUAAGAGGUAUACAGUCGUGUAACUUCGUUGCUGUUUCCCGAAGGGGCGAUUUGCGGGCCUAAGAAUAUCACAGCUCCAAGUCCGAAUCUGGUGAAAUGAAC